CAACAUACCGGUACUACACGUGUGUUUGGCAAAAUGGUUUCAAACCCAAAUAAUCCCGUUGUUUUCUUUGACAUAAUGAUAGGAAAUACGGAUGCAGGGAGAAUAAAGUUUGAAUUGUUUGCAGACAAAGUCCCACAGACUGCUGAAAAUUUCAGGCAAUUUUGCACGGGUGAAUACAGAAGAGAUGGAGUGCCCAUAGGUUAUAAGUCAUCCUCAUUUCACAGAGUCAUCAAAGAUUUUAUGGUUCAAGGCGGGGACUUUGUUCAUGGAGAUGGCACAGGACUGAAGAGCAUCUACGGAGACACAUUUGCUGACGAGAACUUCUUGGUUAAACAUUCAGGACCAGGUAUAUUAUCGAUGGCAAAUAGUGGAAAAGACACAAAUGGUUGUCAGUUUUUCAUAACUUGUGCAAAGUGUGACUUUUUGGACUCAAAACAUGUAGCGUUUGGUAAAGUGAUAGAUGGACACUUGGUGCUGAGGAAGAUUGAAAAUGUGCCAACUGGACAUAACAACAAACCCAAAAUGGCUGUCACUAUUACACAGUGUGGGGAAAUGUGAUUGAAGACUUUGUUCUUGUGUUUUAUUACGGAUUUCCAGGAGAGAGAGAUUGUCUGAGCAUUAAGGAAUAUGAUGAGAAACAGUAUUCUCUUACUGAACGUCAGACUAAGUGUCUGGGUGAAUUGCGAAUAUACUACGUACUAAUAUGAACAGUGUAGACUUUUCGUCCUGGAACACAUACUAGAUUCCUUGUGAGCAUGCAACAUUGUAAAUGAAAAUAUCAACAAUCACAUGCUUUAUUCCUUCAUGCUUGGAAUGAUCAUCAUACAUACAAUAUGUGUAACAUGCAACAUUGUAACCGAAAACAUCAUCAUAUUAUUCAUCCUUCAUCCUAGAAUUGGUUGUCUGCUAAUCAGUCCUAAUAUCUUUGUGAGCAUACAACGUUGCAUUAGAGAACGUCAAGAUAGUAUUUAUCCUUCAUCCUAGAACUGAUUGUCUGCUCACCAGUCCUAGUAUCUUUGUGAGCAUACAACGUUGUCACAGAGAACAUCAACGUAGUAUUCACCCUUCAUCCUGGGACCGAUUGUCUUCUCACCAUUUUUUGGACAUGUAUUCAAAUAGCUGUUCUCAUGUUGAUCUCACAGAUUAAAGGAAUUUCUAAUGCCAAAAUUCAUCAAAAGAUCACUGUUUGAGAACAACAUGUUCACUCCCCAUCUUUCAGCGGUUAGAAUAGGGUGCAACAAGAAUGAUACGUACUCAUUCAAGAAUGAGCUGUGCUCUUUUUGCACAUACACAUCCACAUCGUCCGACACGAGAACACUGCACUACUAUGAAUUCGAAUAAGCUUGUGGUUAUUUGUGAGCAUACAACAUUGUAACAGAAAACAUAAACAUACAUGUGCAUGUAGUAUUCUGCCUUCAUCAUAGGACUAAUCGCCUGCUUACCAUUCCUAAAUUCAUUGUGAGCAUAAAACAUUGUAACAGAAAACCUCAACCCACAUACAUUCAUCCGAGGACUGAUUGCCUGCUCUCCAUUUCUAAGUUAAUUGUUAGCAUACAACAUUGUAACAGGAAUCCUGAACAUACAGACAUUCAUACUAAGACUAAUUACCUGCUCUCCGUUCCUAAAUUAAUUGUGAGCCUACAACCUUGUAGCAGAAAACAACAGUGUAUCAUUUACUCACUGCUUAACAUUUUAUGCUUUUUUAACUGGGCAAUGAGUUAUUGCCAGGAUACUUUUUUUUUAACGAUUAGCUUAUUAGUCAGACAGUAACCUGCCUUGUUUAACCUUUUUUUCUCAGAUCACUUCAGUGAGUAAUUGUUCUGGUUUACCUUUUUAUUGGCUCACUCGACACUUUUUAAUUGUUUCGACUAACAUUUUUGUACAGCUCACUCAUGAGUGAGUAAUUGUCUUUGUUAACCUUUCGGUUCACCUCACUCAUCAGUGAUUAAUUGUUCUGGUUAACCCUUUGGUUCAACUCACUCAUCAUUGAGUAAUUGUUCUGGUUUACCUUUUGGUCCAGCUCACUCAUCAGUGAGUAAUUGUUCUGGUUAACCUUUUGGUUCAGCUCACUCAUCUGUGAGUAAUUGUUCUGGUUAACCUUUUGGUUCAGCUCACUCAUCAGUGAGUAAUUGUUCUGGUUAACCUUUCUGUUCAGCUCACUCAUCAGUGAGUAAUUGUUCUGGUUAACCUUUCGGUCCAGCGCACUCAUCAGUGAGUAAUUGUUCUGGUUAACCUUUCGGUCCAGCGCACUCAUCAGUGAGUAAUUGUUCUGGUUAACCUUUCGGUUCAGCUCACUCAUCUGUGAGUAAUUAUUCUGGUUAACCUUUUGGUUCAGCUCACUCAUCAGUGAGUAAUUGUUCUGGUUAACCUUUCGGUUCAGCUCACUCAUCAGUGAGUAAUUGUUCUGGUUAACCUUUCGGUUCAGCUCACUCAUCAGUGAGUAAUUGUUCUGGUUAACCUUUCGGUUCAGCUCACUCAUCAGGGAGUAAUUGUUGUGGUUAACCUUUUUGAUCGGCUCACACGUCAGUGAGUAACUACUCUUGCUUGACAGGUGAAUUGAGUUGUCAGGUGAAUUGGAGUGGUUUCGCGAGUAAAACGUGUGGUGCCUGAAUGUAACUGUUCACGGGUACAUACGUAUCAGGAGUUGCUUAAACAAUUUCCCCAAACUGUUUGCAAAUGCCUUCUUUUUUACUGCACGCAAUAAUACUGUUCACAUAAGACAUUACCAUACAUUUUAAAGUUACUGCUCUUUCAAGAUGGAAUCUUGCCUUAAAGAAAACGAGAGCUUGUAAUCUCAAGACAUUCAUUCUUUCAUCUUUCAACGAAUUUUAUACAUGAAUCUUUGCACAUUGGAAAACUGUUAUGGACUAUAUCGGGGACAUUUUGUGAAUUAUUGUGUAGGUUAAUCCAUGCAGAUGAGCAGAAAAAUCUGGACAUGUCAUGAACUUUAGCUGGGAACUUUUUUUUUUACAUUUCCAGGAAAUUCUUACCUUGACAUAGAAAGAUAUUUUAAUAUUGAGCUCAUAGAAAUGCACUUGGGUAAGACCACUUGGGUGGUCCUGCACUGUGUUCUAAUAU